AUGAAGGCUCUCGUUCUUGAGGCAGGCAGGUUGUCCCUCUUCUCUUGCUUUUCUCCACCCGCCACGCAAGUCUCCGCCGCUGCAUCCCCGCACUCGCCUUUAGUUGUUCUCCCAGCGCGGGACUACGACACCACCGUGCCCAUCGUGGCCGCGGUCUUCACAGUGACCCUCGCGCUCGGCAUGUGCUACGUUACGUACCUCCGAAUCCGCCGCACCCGCCCUAGCGUACGGACCGGGAUCCCCUCCCGAUACGAGAAGGACGCUCAUGUCCCCGCCCGGAAAGGCGUCCUGCGCCGGCCUCGCCGCGACGACUCGAGCGACGCGCCUCAACACUGCAGUUUCAAGCUCUUCGCCGCCGCCUGCAGGCUGGAAGCGGGAUCUGGGAUUGCAUACGGCACCGUCCCUGGCCCGAACGACCCGCUCGUCCCGAACCGCCCGCAUGCGGUCCACAUUCUGGAGCGCGCACUCCCGUGCCUCCCGCCUGAGGCGUUCGAUUCAGACUCGCCCCCGCCGACGCCCCCACCGCGGAUCCCGCCCCAGGUGCUCACGCGCUCCCGUCUGAAUCUGUCCAGCUUUGGGCUCGACCGGGAGGGCGGCGCGGACGCGCACGGAUCUCCGACGCGCGGGACGGCGCCGCUCCGCGAGCGCGGCGAUAGCCUCGAAGAUGGCGAAGGCGCGGUCGACGAAGAGUCCGGAGCCGGGUCCCCGUGCGGCGCGCGCCCGACGUCACCGGCACCCCCGGUGUCGCUGCCCCCGGUGUCGCCCACGGACUCGGCGUACGCGUACGGCGACGACGCGGCGUCGAUCGCGACCGUGUCGACCCUCCCGCCGUUGUACCGCGCCCGGCUCUCCGUGCCCGACCUGCAGCAGUACCCGCUCCCGGCGCCGACGAUCGAGGAGCUCGCGCGGCUCCCGCUCUCCUUCCCGAUCCCCAUGCCCGUCCUGCCGCCGACGGCGCUCGAGAGGCCGAGUCGACGGUCGCGCGUGCCCAGCGCGCAGCUCGCCGCGGAUCCGGAUCAGUACUCGACGAUGACGACCACGACCACGACGGCUACCUCGACAAUCGCGGGCGCGGCGCAGACCCCGUUGAGUGCGGGCGAGGAGCGGGCGCACAGAUGGAGCACAUGGAGCUCGGUGGGAAGGCGGAGGCGGAGGCGGUCGGUCGACGGCGGGGUGCGGUUGGACGGAGGAAGGCCUGGGUCGGGGAUGCUGGUCAGUCCUGCGUACGAGGCUCAGGAGGAGACCGUUGGGGGGAUGUCGAACAGGCCGCCGUCGUAUCAUGAGGGCGAGGAGGGGACUGCUGGGCAGCUGACGCAUAAUCCUACUAUUUUAUCUGCUGCGCCGUGGCGUACUGCGCAGACGUGCAAUCAGUCCAAACUUAGCACAACAACUUGCUGCAGUGCGGGCAGGUCCUCGCCACAAGCGCAGGCUAAGCGCGAGCAGCCUGGCAUGAGGAAAUCCGGCCUUGCAUGGACAUGGGGAGCGGGCGACAAUGGCCGCUCGAGGCUCGCGGAAUGGCGGAGAUUGGCACAUGGGAUGAGCCGCGAGGGAUGUGUACGGAGAAUCCACUGGAGACGCGUCCGGUCUCCAGGCGUGGGCGCGGCGUGGGCGCUGGGCGCUGCCACCCGACCACCGCCGGCGGUCAUGGGCAAUUUUAUGUCCUCCGUGGCGUUCAAGUACCUCCCCGUCAUCAUCGUCGGCGCCGUGCUCGUGAUCAUCCUCGGCCUCGCCAUCAUCUACGUCUGCUGGCGCACCCCCAAACGCGUCGGCGAGAAGACGGACGGGAGUGGCAGGAACACGAAAGACUACUACUCCUCCGCCCGCUAUGCCGCGAUGGCCCCCUCCUCAUCCUGGUCCGACAUCGAGCGCGGCGGCCCCGGGCCCUCCCGCUUCGUCCCGCAACACCCACCCCCGAUGCCGACCGUCUACCGCGGGCCGGAACCGCUCCCCGACAACGCGAGCGGGCCCCUCUCACCAGACGGCCCCCGCGUCCCCCAGCAGGUCUACGCCCCCUCGCGCCUGAACCCGAACGCCGGGCCGUCGAGGAGCGGGAGCGGGAGCUCGAGCCCCGCCGCAAGCUAUCCCCCGAGCCCGAGCCCCCGACAAAGCACGGUGCUGCCCCCGCUGCUGGCGCCACCGCCGCCGCCCAAGGCGGGUGACGCACCUGCACCCGCGCAGCAGGCGUUCGGGGCGCAUGCGGCGCGGUCAGGCGCUGCGGGUCCCUCGCAACAGGCCGACGACGACCGGUGGCGGGACGAGAAGGCGGGGCCACCGCCGGAACCCGCGGCCGCGGCGCAGCAGAGACAGAGCGCGGACGAGAGGUCGCUGUACAGUAACCCGGGGGAGUGCACGAGCACGGACUCGCGCCGGGUCCCGGACAUUCGCACCGCAGGCGUAGAUGGGCUGAUGAACGGGCAAUGUCUCGGGGCCGCGCUGCAGCUUGUUGGUUUGAUUGUUCGAUUCCCGUUCAAUGCUCUUGAGGACCCCACCCCUGAUGCGCGAGAUAUUUUGGGAGCGGCACGAGUCGGGGACAGGGCUCUAGAGCGCGGACGGCAGGCACUGUUACAGACCCGGCCGGCGCUGACGGCGGGAUGGGGAAUAAGGAUCCCCCCGCCCGUGCCGUCGAUAGAGCGCAUCGACGCCGCGCCAGGCGCGCGCUUCGUGAGCUUCCUGCGCACGGACACGCUCCGCUCCCUCCCUCCGUCUCGUUCCCGUCCCCGUCCUCGCGCGGCGUCGAAGGACCGCCCGCGCGCGAGCUCGGACCGCUGCUCUGCUUGUGGUGCGUGUGAGCGCGGGUGUGGGUGUGGAUGCGUGUGCGCGUGGUCGGGACCCCACGCGGGCCACUCGACGAUCCCGGCGCCGAGCAGGCCCGACGGCGGGGUGCCGGUGAACGUGAACUGGGAGGAGGCGACCGAGUUGGCGCGGCGGCGACGGGCGACGCCCGAGACGGAGAUGGUGCCGACGCUGGAGAGGUGGGACGGCGCGGGGGACGCGGGCGCGGACGCGAACGGGUCCGAGUCGUCGAACGGAAAGGGGAGCGCGGAGCGCAGCGGGGAGGGGAGCUGCAGGUCAGGCGGGAGAUGGGUGAGAACAGGGAGGGAGAGCGCGGGGUGCGCGCGGCGCGCGGAGUGGGAGGGUGUGGAGGUUGAGGCGGAGGAAGGAGAACCGUGGGAGUGGGGAGCGCGGCUGGAGGAGGAGGCGGAGGGGAGACCAGGGGGAGGGGAGGAUGAGUGGGGGAAGAAGGUCGCGCGGAGCGGGCUGGGUGCCUGUGGCGAGGGCGGCGCGGCGGAGAGGUGGGAGAGCGAGCGCGAGCGCUGGACGGGCGACGCGGGGCGCGCGCGCGGCAAAGGCACAGGGGAGUCAUUCACGAGGGAGUUGUGUGGGUUCGGGGGAACAGAGCCGUUUGUGCGUGCGGUCGUCGACGUCGAAGCGGUCGCGUCCGAGGGCGCCUCACUUCCACUGAAGCUGAUGAUCGAGUCUGGAUCGCGCGGGUCCUCCAGCUUAGGUUCGGAGUGCGGCGGUGGAUGGACUGGUCAACGGCGGGUUUGUAUGACCCGCUUGUACGGAGGUCGACCCGCGCGGGGCCCCACGACUCUGCUCGCGUCGUCUCCGAUGGCGGCGGCAGAGCACAAAGGUGAGGACUGCUGCGAGGGCGAGGACGAGGGCAAGGGCCGCAACGCCGAUAAUCACUGCAAGGCGGACAGUAGGGGUGAAGACCAUCAUGCGCAGGCGCAGGCGCAGGCCAUGUGCUAUUGCGAGUGCUGGCCAGCCGAGACGCGCAAGGGCGAAAGAGGAAGCGGGGGCGGUAGUCGCUGCGCGACGCGAUAUCAUCGCUGGGGUGGGAAGAAGGGGGGAGAGAAGUCGGGCAUGACAGCGAACGGGCGCGAUCAUGAUGGUCCAGGAGUCAGGACGGUGCUGCCGGAGUUGGUGGGCGGGAUGGAGGUGGAGGAACGGGAGUGGGGAGCUGGGCAGCGCACGUCCGACGUCAAUCGCGUUCGCGCCGCACCCGCGGAAGAUGGCGUCGGGGCGGGUUCAAUGGUCUCGACUGGACUUCAGGCGGGGCCACGACAGUUCUCGGCGUAG